GCGUCGCCCAGCAAAGUUCGGAUGGUCUGCCGUUAGCGGAUCGCAUUUUGCCCCACUAUAACAUUCAUCAACGCCUUCUUUUUUUGUCCAGCCUCGUCUUCUUUGAUUCACGAUAUCUUCAACCUAACAGCCAGACGAAAAUCAUUGUACGAACCUGCACGUCCGAAUUUUCGACGCGACUAUAAACAAACCCCGAAAACAAUCAACAACCGACCCUUUACUUCUCCCUCGACAACAAUCCAUCACCACCCUGUUGGUCAUCCCACUUUCUCGUUUUCUCUGCGCAUCCGAACCGCAUCUACAUAGGUUUGCGAAACAUCACUGCGCACCUCACCUCACUCUCUCAUUUCUUUGUCUAAACAUACCACAUCACCAUUUGCCCACCAUGGACACGGCAACUGACGUACCAAAGAAAAGGAGAGCGCUGCCCUUCAAGCGCACCGUUGCACGCACACCAGUCAACGAGCCACCCCCAAGCCAUGCGCCAGAGAACAAUUCUGACGAAGAUGACCCUCUCGCCUUCUUUCGGCGAUCCAAGGACGUCUUCCCAAUGGUCCUGGAGGAUCUGCAGCGGGCAUCAUCAGAAGAAAAGGUGAAGCCUUCCGAGUCGCCAAAGGAAGGACAUGUCAACAAGAAAAGGAGGGUGUCGUCCAAUGCCGAAGGUGACAAUGAAGCACCUAUCGGCGCCAGCUCUUCCAGCGUAUCAGCACCAAGCAGAACGUCUGCAUCGCGCGUUGACUCGGACGAUGAUGACUUGAUUAUGGACGUCAAGGGCAAAGGCAAAGAGAUCGUACGACCCGACAAAGCCCGAGUACCGACUCCAAGAAAGCCGCUUUCAACCACACCACGAAAGUUGGGGACACCAUCCAAGAAACGUUUCGCCUUUAGCGACGACGAAGACGACCACGGAAAGGAUGACCUCUACUCCCCGCACUCCAAGCGUCGCAACCCCGACCGCUUCUCUUCAAAACCCACCGCGCUCGGCCGCAGCACCCGGGCCACUCAGCGCGGCAGCUCGCCGUUGGAAGGCUUCGAGACAUCCUUCAACCUCCCCGGCGCCUCCUCCACAUCCAAGCGGAGACCCUUCCAAUCCGCCGCCCUCGACUCCGACAACGACUCGGACCUCGAAGUCUCCGAAGUCCGUCCCAAGAAGCGCUCCGCUUCUUUUUCAUCCUCCCCACCACCAGCAUCAUCCGCAGCCGACCCAGAUAAUGAAGCCGCCACCGUCGCCGAUAAGGCCGACGACGACGAUGACUUCGCCAAAUGGGUCACCAAAGCCGCCGCGCUAGAAGCCGACCAGGCCAACUGGACAAUCGACGUUCUAGUCACUUCCCGAAUGCCGCACACCAAGCCGCUUACUGCGCGGCGACGGAUGAAGCAGGGCCUGAAGCUGAUCCUAGACACGUGGAUCCGACAGCAGGUGAUCAACGGUUGCGAAAUCCCAGAAGAGAUAUUGGGCAAGCUGUUCUUGACGUUUAAAGGGAACCGAAUUUACAGCAACAGCACCAUAGCUUCGCUGGGCGUCAAAGUGGAUGCGAAUGGCGUUUUGCAGCUGCCUCCUGGGGCCAUGACUAGUAGAGAGGCUAUGGAUGGAUAUGUCAUCCAGGGGAGGAAUCCCGGGCUCGUGCUGGAGGUUUGGCACGAGGAGUUUUACGAGGAGGAACUUGCAAAGGAGAAGAGGCGGAGGGAGAGGGAGUUGGGGCUGAUUGAUGAUGAUGAGGAGGAAGAUCAGCAAAGCGGAACUGGUGCGUCUGGUGCCAAUGGGAUGUCGCGAGGUGGAAGCGAGGCUGCUGAAGUCAAAAAGACCAAGAUUAGGGUGGUUCUCAAGGCGAAGGACUUGCAGCCGCUCAAGAUUGCGGUCUAUGAGGACACGCCGGUGGGUACCAUGGUGCAAGUUUUCCGGAAGCAGAGAGAUAUUAAGCCGGAGCAGACUGUUGUGAUACAGUUUGAUGGCGAGGAACUGAGGGAGAACAUGCUCGUUGGAGCGAUGGAUAUUGAGAGGGACGAGACCAACCAGUUCGAGGUCUACAUCAAGUGAUAUUCGGCCUGAAGCACCUUGCUCUAUGUACUUGCUUUGUGUCUAGUUGCCGUUUGCAGAAUAUUACCAUUUUGGAGGAGUUGGGAGGCGGGAUUUUCAGAGUAUAUCUUUUAACGAUGGGACACAACAUCACUGGGGAGUUUCUAAGGAUUCGGAUCAGAUUCGCGUUUGCCAGGUCAACAUGGCUUGGGGGCGCGAAGGUAUUAGCUAUUCAUAAUGAUGCCCAUACCUUAUUUAUGAAGUCGCUUUCUACUACAAUUGCUGCUCUUCACUGUCUCUUGAUUAGAUAACGUAACUUCUACAUGAAACCUCACCGGAUAUAGGGCACAGAAGACAUCUUUUUUUCGUUUAGCUCCGUGUGAUAUAAUCACAGGGGACACUCAGGAUGUGGUUGUUUAGUAUUUGUCAGAGAAUCAUGUAGUAGUAGCCGAAUUCACUUUAUCAUGUCC